ACUUCUUACUUCUUAGUACUUACACAAUCCAUGGAAAAAAACGCAUCUUUCCCAACAAAAAAGCACCUUCACAAAAACGACUUCGAUCCACCACCACCACGCCCAUGCCACUGCCUGCUAACAUGUACGCUCGUCACUCUUCUCUUUGUGGCCUUGGUCGUCGUGUUAUGGCCCGGGGAACCGGACGUGAAGAUCACGCAGCUGAGCGUGAAACGCGUGAAGGCGACGGCGAUGUUCAUGCUUUCGGUGACCAUUAAGGUUCAAAACCGCGACGUGUACUGGAUGGAUCUGAAGGAGGUGGACGUGGGGAUGAAAUACAGAGGGAGGAAGCUGGGUCACGUGGAGUCGGGGAGGUGGCACGUGAGGGGGUGGGGAUGGUGCCACGUGUACGGUGAUUUAGAGUUUGGUGGGUUGCCUCCGGUAGAUGUGGUGCAUCUGAUUGAAGAUAUCAAGAAGGGAAGUGCUUUGUUUCAUGGUGUUGCGGAAGUUUCCGGCCAACUUGGUUUUCUUGGAUUUCGCUCUCCUUAUGUCUUUAAGGCAGUACGGGCAUGUGACGUUUUGGUUAAUACAAAAAAUCAAACAGUUGUUCAUCAACAUUGUAUCCGUAAGGACUAACCACACUGGCUUUGCAACUAUGGAGCAAAGAUCAAGACAUAAUAACGUCUUAUUAUUACUUGAUAUGUAUAUAAUAACGUCUUAUUAUUAGCUAUAGCGGCACAUACAUAUUGUAAGAUGACUAAGAUCAAAGAUAACUUGCUUGUAUUAUUGCAUUGGGAGACAUAUAUAGAAUCAUCCAUUUUGAAUCACAAUCGAUAUCAAAACUUUCGAUCUGAGUUUCAAC